AUGUUGCCCAGAGGGGGCUCGUCCAUGCCGCCGCCCCCCAACCCCGCCGCCUACUUCCCGCCGCCGCGGGUCACGCUGCCCUCCGGCCUGGACAUCCUGCGCACCUACUCGGGCGCCUUCAUCUCGCUGGAGAUCCUCUUCGGAACGGUGGUCUGGAUUCUGGUGUCCGCCACGCAGGUGCCACUGCCGCUGCUGCAGGGAUGGGUGAUGUUCGUGGCCGUGACCGCGUGGUUCCUCUCCGUCACCUUCCUCUGCGUCUUCCUCUUCAGCUACGCAAACAGGAUUGCCAUCAACUGGAACCAGGCAGAUUUUCUUUUCCAUGGGGCUACUUUCGUCUUUUAUUUUGGAGCCUUUCUACUGCAAGCAGCAACUACAUCUCUGCAUCAUUUACCCCGUAACUUUAAUUCCACUACACGAGAGACGAUUCUAGGUGAUCAUGAGUAUAACAUAAGCAUAGCAGCCUCGAUUUUUGCCUUUGCAACAGCUGUUUGUUACGGCUGCAGCACAGCACUGGCACUAAGAAGAUGGAAGCUAUAGCAGUUGAAGAGAAGUCAAUGCUCAAGUGUUCCACUUCAGAUCAAAUUAAAUGCCACUUGUCUAUUUUACUGUAAUGUAAUUCCAAAUUCCAAAAGCCUUUUUUUU